AUGUUUCCGUAUCCCUCGGGGACGCUCCAUUUGGGCCACCUACGGGUAUACUCCAUUGCCGAUGUGGUUGCUCGAUUCCGAACAUUGAAGGGCGACAAUGCUAUACUGCCCAUGGGCUGGGAUGCUUUUGGUCUUCCGGCUGAGAAUGCUGCGAUUGAGCGAGGGGUACCCCCAGAGAAAUGGACAGCAAGUAACAUGAGCAAAAUGAAGGAGCAGCUGGAAUUGAUGAAUGGCAGCUGGGAUUGGCAUCGUGAAUUGUCUACUUGCGAUCCUGGCUACUACAAGCAUACCCAGCAAAUCUUCCUCAUGCUUCAUGAACGAGGUCUUGCCUACCAAGCCGAAGCCGAGGUCAAUUGGGAUCCUGUCGACAAGACCGUCCUGGCAAACGAGCAGGUCGAUGCCAAUGGCUGCUCAUGGAGGUCGGGUGUCAGGGUCGAGAAGCGCAAGCUCAAACAAUGGUUCUUCCGCAUCUCGGAGUUUCGUGAGGCGCUACUUGAUGAACUUGACGCGCUUGCAAAGGAUAACGCAUGGCCGGAGAGAGUGCUGGCUCAGCAAAAGAAUUGGCUGGGCAAAUCAACUGGUGCCACUGUCAAGUUUCCGGUUCUAGCCAUGGGUCACGAUAUCCAUGCUGCGAUCGAAGUAUUCACCACUCGACCCGAUACCCUCUUUGGUGUUCAGUAUGUGGCUCUUGCUGCCAGCCAUCCUAUCGUAGCCAAGCUCGCGACCUCGGAUCCUGAACUGCAAGCCUUCAUCGACACCAUCCCGGGUCUACCUGAAGAUUCCAAGGUUGGCUAUCUGUUACCUCACCUGCGGGCUAUUAACCCACUUGCCUACAAUGAAGAUACACCUGGCGCCACCAAGGUUUCGCUACCAGUUUAUGUCGCCCCUUACGUCUUGGGCGACUAUGGCGAGGGCGCUGUUAUGGGUGUUCCUGGUCACGAUUUGCGUGAUAACGCAUUCUGGAAAGAGCAUCUUUAUGAUGCGCCUGUUCGACAGGUCCUCUCUGCCUCAGAGGAUGAGUCGACCACAGCUAUGGAAAACGAGCCCUUUGUCGAACAUGGAUACAUGACAGAACAUAGUGGUCCCUUCAAGGGCAAGCAUUCAGCAGCAGCUGGGGAAGAGAUUGUUAAGAUGCUCGAGAAGGCUGAUCUCGCCAAAACUGUCGAGAAAUGGCGUCUACGAGACUGGCUCAUCAGUCGACAACGGUACUGGGGCAGCCCUAUUCCUAUCAUUCACUGCGAUUCUUGUGGCCCAGUACCUGUGCCAGACGAACAGCUGCCAGUAGAGCUUCCUGAUGUAAACUGGGCGGAGACACGCAACGGAAGUCCCCUGGAGACUUCUUCUGAGUUUGUCAACACGACUUGUCCCAAAUGCAGCAGCCCUGCUCGACGAGAUACAGACACCAUGGAUACCUUUGUCGACUCAAGUUGGUACUAUGCUCGGUUCGCUGACCCUCAUAAUCAAACGCAACCAUUCUCUCCUGAAGCGGGCAAGACUCUCCCUGUCGACACUUAUAUCGGUGGUAUUGAGCAUGCUAUUCUGCACUUACUCUACGCCCGUUUUAUGUUCAAGUUUUUGGCUUCGACAGAUCUACUUCCUCAGUAUACUGAGGAGACUUACAAGUCUGCGGAACCUUUCAAGCGCCUUAUCACUCAAGGUAUGGUUCACGGCAGGACAUAUAUCGACCCUGAGAAUGGCCGCUUCCUCAAAUCUGACGAGGUUGACCUGACGGACCCGAAUGAGCCCAAGGUUGUAUCAUCUGGCAAAAAGGCUAAGAUCUCGUUUGAGAAGAUGUCCAAGUCCAAGUAUAACGGCGUCGACCCUUCAGAGUUUAUCUCCAAGUAUGGUGCUGACGCCACCCGUGCGCAUAUCCUGUUCCAGGCUCCUGUUGGCGAGAUACUCAACUGGGACGAAGCCAAGAUCUCUGGCAUCACCCGCUGGCUUCAACGGCUGCACGAUCAAAUCUCAGCCAUCGCUGCAGAACCUGUUGAUGGGCCUGUAUCUGCACGAGACUAUCUCAGCGCUAAACACGAGCGUCUUGAAUCGGCUUCUGCGGAGGAACUUGCACAAUGGGAUGCUGAGGCGGCUAUCUGGCGCCACGUCCAGCACACCAUCGAAUCUGUUACAGUAUCUUAUGAGGAGGUCUAUUCCCUCAACACUGCAGUAUCAGAUCUUAUGAUUCUUACCAACACUAUCGCCGACAACACUAUCGCUAGCCCGAUCAUCAAGCGUGAAGCUGCUCGGGCUCUCAUCUCCAUGAUGGCACCUAUCACACCAGGGUUUGCCGAGGAAUGCUGGGCUCUCCUCAACCCUUCAACUACUUCCAUCUUCGAAUCUGCGAGCUUCCCUGUCGCAGAUACCUCCCUAGCUGAAAUCGUCCGCCCAAGAAUCCAGCCCUGCGCUGUGCAGGUCAACGGUAAGGUUCGUGGUGUAGUCAGCAUACCACCACCUCCGGCUGAGCUAUCGGGAGAUGGGCUACGAGACUGGAUGGUCAAAGAGAUUCUCGCGACUAAGGAUGGUGCUGCGCGGUUCUCUGGAGGACUCUACGAUUUGCGCGCAGCCAAGAGGGCCAUUCCUGUGAGGGGAGGCAAGACUAUCAACUUUGUAUUAAAAUAG